AGACCUCACAACGAUGCCCUAAUGAUCACAGCUCAGAUAUCGGGCUAUGAAGUACAAAGAAUCUUUGUCGACACGGGAAGCUCGGUGAACGUGAUUUUUUACAAUUGUCUUAAGCGGAUGGAACUCGACAUCGAGCUCUCACCCCUGCACACCUCACUUUUUGGAUUUAAUAGCUCGGAAGUCGCACCCCUAGGAGAAACCACGCUCGCUGUCGUCCCUGGGGAAGGCGACUUGAGGAAGGUGAAAAUAGUGCGAUUUGUCGUAGUCGACGUUGAGUCAGCCUAUAAUGUGAUUCUGAGAAGGCCAGCACUCAACACAUUCCAAGCA